AUGUCCGAGCACACGGUGCUGAACCCGCAAUCCAUCAAACUUACGCCGCAAUUCUUUUUCCAAAAGCGCUACCGCCGCCACUCGCAAUCUAAUGACGGUGUUGCUGCCUCCGCUGUUGCCGAGCUGCUAAGCCCCCGCCCCACGAUAUGUCCCCAAAACUUCCCCAUCUCCAUUUCCCCCUCACCACCAACUCCACACCGACACCCCACCGCCACACUAGACGGGUUGUCGCCGAAAUGGCGCACAGCACUGAAGCUAGCGGAGGCGGUAGCCACAGCAGCGGCGGCGGCGGAGGCUGACGUCACGGCGACAGCAGACCCUGGGGGCAGUAGUGCCAUCAGCCUCAGUCGCCGCGGCCGCUGCUGCAGCGGCGGCGGACUCCCUGAGAUCGCCGCUGCAAUGAUGGUAUCGGCGGAAGCAGCCGCCGCAGCUGCAGCGGCGGCGCAUUGUCCAUUACAGAAGCUGCGUGUGCCGCUCCUAGCCUCGCUGCGCGUGAUGCCAUCAGCGGCCCAGACGGCAAAUGUGGCGGCAUCGCCACAUCCAUGGAAACCCGCUUCCCUACUGCCAAUCCAUCUCCUGCUGCUGACGCUUCGGAUCUUUCUGGCGCUGAUGCUAAUGCUUCCCAUGCAGCUGGCUCUUCUGAUGCGGACUCGGCACUGGCUUGAUCCCGAUGACCACCACCCGACCUGUCCAUCAACGGUGAUGCCAACGGUACUCCAGCGAUUGGCGGUUGCAAAGCCGCCAGGAGGCAGUUUGAACAGCGGUUGGCGGUCGGUGCACAGGCAUGCGGGUUGUGGCUGUGACGGCGCUGGAAGCAGCUACGGUGGCGGAGGCACCAUCGCCGUCAUGGCGGCAAGUGAUGAGCAGCUCGUCCGACGCUGCCGCCAUCACCGCCCGGAUGAGCCGCCGUCUACCCUGUGCACGACAUCGUACGGCACGUCUUGCCUCCAGCUCAUUUUGCAAGGCGUGCAGGUGGGCAAGGUCGGCCUCAAGCCCGAUGGCGGUAGUUGUGAGGGCGAUGCGGACAUUGUUGAGCCCUGUUGA